AUGAAUAAAAACUAUUUGUUUAUCUCGGAUAGGAACCAAUAUUCUGUAAUUAUAUUUGACGAAAGCGUUGAUGAUAGAUUAUCAUUGGAAAAUAGUUUAAAUUCAACAACAGUAUUACAAAUUGAUCAAAGCUACUGUACAAUCAAAUGCAGUCCGAAUUUAAGUGGAUCUGAUCACGAAAAUUUCAAAUCCAAUUGUGAAAAUAUUAAAAAAUUAUUUCAGUCGAACGAUUCCGCUAUUUUGUUAUUCAUAAUUCAUCUUGAUGAUGAUCAAACAAUUAAUAUUGAAUCAAUAAUUACAUUUCAAAUUCUUAAUGAAAUUUACGAAUUCGACAGUCGAUCAUUUUUAUUUAUUAUUGAUAAUCCAUAUUCAAAUCCCGAUCCAAAUUGUAUAAAGAAAAAUCUCGAGAAAUUGUUGAAUAUUACCAACGUUCGGGUAUGUUUCACUAAUAUAGAAGAAAAUUCUCGUGAAUUAUUGAUUCAAUCUAUUCGAAACUGUACACCUACUCAAUGUAACAAAGAUAAGGUAUUCUCAUGUACACAUGAACAAAUAAUAACAGUAAAGAAAGAACUUGAAAAGAAACAAAAUUCUUUAAUUAAUUUAUUGAAGGAGAUUAAUAUUAAAGUAGAGGAAAACGGAGAUUUAUGCAAGUUUUUCUACAAAGAUAUUCGGUAUGGUUACGACAAUGAGAAAAAUGCUUUAAGUUGUAGCAAUGAUCAGGGAAUCAAGCUUUUGAAUAAGAAAGAAUUUGGCAUUUUAAAAUAUCUUUUGAGAAGAGAUGCGCUAUUCAAUAAAUCAAAAAAAAUUAACGAAGAACUGGAAAAAGGAAACUUAGAUCAAACGAUUCAAGAUUAUUUGACAAAACAAAAUGAACAUAUUCAAGUAAGUGGUGAAGAGACUAAAAAACAACGACUAGAGGAAAUUAAUGAAAUGAUCGCAGAGUUAGAAACAGAUGUUAACGAAAAUAUCGAUGAAAGAAAACGUCAAUUAAAAAGUGAACUCGCUGAUUUCGAACAAUGCCUUAACAAUAUUGGAGAACUAAAAAGAGCUAUCAUGACAAAAAAAGAACAGAUUUAUAACUUGUCUCAAAAUAUUGCUGAUGAGAAUCGAGGAAUACAAGAAAAUGAUGAAAACUUGAACGAUCUAUUAAAGGCAAAAGUAUUUCAAUUCAUAUAUAAGCUUGAGUUUUAUCAGGCUCAGCAAUCAAAAGAGCUACAAAAAGACGAAUAUAAAACAACAGUGUAUUGGGAUAGAUUCAAUAUCGAGAAAGAGAAGAAAGACGUUAACAUACUAGAGCAGCAUUUAGAAAGCAAACGCAAUGCUUCACAUAAGUUGAAGAAUAGCUUAGAAACAGAAAAGAAAGAAGUAGAGAGAUUAGAACAAAGAAAUAACGAUUUACUUGGUUUUAUUACUAAAAUUGAGAUAGAAAUAAGUAAUCUGAACACUAAAAGCGAAAGCAUAGAUAACGAAAUCAAAAAACUAAAGGAAAAUAAAGAAAAAUUCGAAGAAGAAAGAAAAGCAAAAAUUCGGAGAAAAAAAGCUGAAAAAAUUUUUGUGGACGUAGGAGGAUCAAAUAAUUACGAUCCUAAUUUAAAAUUAAAAAGUCGUCCACAUCGCGACUGCCUCGUCACUCCAGGAGUAGGAUAUUGCCAUUAUAUAGGUGCGGUAGAACAAGCAAUAGAGUUUGUCUCAAAUAAGCUUGAUUCUGCAGGGAGUAUAAAUGAAGAAGAAACAAAAAAGGAGUUGCUUGAACACUUGUGCUCAACAGAAAGAUAUCCACAUUCUGUUGCAGAUAUCAAAAAUGGAAAACAUACUAAGGAUUUAGAAAAAGUUGUCGAUGAAACAAUAAAAAAACUACAUGUAUUAAGAGAUGAAGCAGAAAAAAUAAAAAAGGAAUAUGACGAGAAAAUAAAAAAGAUAGAAGAUGAGAUCAAAGGCAAAGAAACCGAAUGUAGAGAUAUUAAACACAAAAUCACAGAGAAGCUAGGUAAUUUAUCGCAACAUCGGGAAGAAAUCGCAGAAAAUGCCUCGAAAAUUGCCACUAUUAAAGAAAAUAUAAGAUACAUCGAAUCAGGCAUUAAGCAUAAAAAAGAGAUCAUUUCAUUUAUAGAGGAAAAGAAAAAAAUCUUUGAUAUUAGACUUCGAUUUGUGACUGAAUAUAAUGAAAUAAAACAAAAAGAUAUUGACACGCAAAUUACGAGCUACGAACAUUUGCUUCUACAAAUAAAUAAAUCAGAUCCAUGUCCAACAUUUCUUAAAGAUCAAUAUCAACAACAAAUAGAUUUAUUAAAAGAAUAUCGUAAUUGUUUAGCAGAAGAAAAUAAGGAUAAACAAGCUGAUUCUAAAAGAAAGAAUCCUGAUGCUAGCUCGAAUAUCGAAGACAAAUCGAAUAAUGUAAACACAACACUCUCAUCGUUAGAAGAUAAACAAAAACGAAUCGAACAGUUAAAAGUCGAAUUAGACAAGUUAAAUUGUGACAAAGAAGAAGCUGAACGCAAUUUAAAGGAAAAAAAUGUUAUUCAUAAAUUCGAAGUCACUAAACGUCAGUUGAAUUAUUUAGAGUCUCUGGUAGAAAUUCAAGAAAUUCAAGAGAAAUCAAUCUUAUUGAGUAAGUCGUCUCUAAUAAAUAGUUUAACUCAUUAUGGGUUCAGUCUCUGGGGUGGAAAUUAUGCUUAUCCUCUACCGGAUCCUAAAGGACAUGAACAAGCUCAGCAAGAUGCAAUCAGAAAUAUUAAUCGUUUACUGGAACAUGUUGAUUCAGUUGAUAAGUACCUAAUUCAAUUGCAAGCUGAAAGGCAAACUCUUGAUCAGUUGAACAUCACUCUGAAAGAAAACAAACUUACUCAGUUUAAAGAUAUUGAAAAGUUUUUAAUGCCUCGAUUUAUUCGUUUAUCAGGAUGUGAUCAAUUCAAUCAUGGAGAAACAUUGAGUCAAAUCGAAUCUUUUAUCUCGGUUUUGAUUGCUGAGAUCUUAGAUCGAUCACAUUUAUAUGAAAUCGAUGGUUUCAAUCCACUUGAUCCCAUUAUUGAACGAGGUCUAGUGAAAAUUCUAAUGAAAUUAGAAGAUCAUUCGGAUCUCUCUAAAGCUUUAUCAGAAGUUAAUAGUGAAUAUUCCGAUGAAGGUCAUAUUUCGCAAGUGACAAUUUUUGAAAUAGGAAAACAAAGUGAAACUCUAACGGAUCUCAAAGUUCAAAACAGAAGAGAAUUAUUUCUUUUUAAACAAGAUGAUCUAUAUUUCGUUUUAAAACAUGAUCAAACAAUGAAAUUAAUUGAGAAUGAAAAUCUUAAUUUCAAGUUAAAUAUCAAUAAAAUUCUCUCUGAUCUAGCGAAUGAAACAGAUCUGUUAGAAGAUUUAUGUCAAAGACGAAUAACAUACGCUUAUAAACAAAAACUACACACAUCGAAUGAAUUGACACGAGUCUAUCAAAAUGAAAUCGAACAAUUCGCUCAAAUUUAUUCAGUGAAAGAAUUUAAUGCGAUUUUUUCAUCAUAUACAAAUCAGAUGUUGUUCUACUUUUUAUCGAAUGUCGACGAAAAUUUAGAUAAACUCGGAUUGAAAUUAAAUCAAUUUGAUUCGGAAUUCGAAGAGAUUUCAAAUUCUAGUUUAAUUAAGAUUAAAGAUCUGUAUAAAACAGCAAUUGUUAGAGUUUUACUUCGUGAACAAGAGAGAAGAAAACAAAUUCGUGUAGAAAAGAUCACAGAAAAUGAAAAUGAAGAAAUACAUUUAACAAAUCUUAUUCUACAAGAUGAAGAAAGCGAAAAACAAUUAUUAGAAAAGUUCGAUGAAAAACGAGAGGAAAUUUCUAAGAUUGAAGCCGAUUUAAAUCAAAUUCUCGGUACUUUGAAUCAAUCAGAAGAAAUUUAUAAGAAAAGGAUUGAAGAUUUAGAAAACAAACAGAUAAAUAUUUUAGCGAAGUUGGAUCGUUUGAAGAAAGCAUUAGCUACAUUAAGUGAGGGUAUGGUUCCUAAUGAAGUAAAAAUUCGAGAAAUAAAAGAGAAAGUAGAAAAUUUACAGAUUCAAUCGGAAGACAUCGCCAAGAAUAUAGAGGAGACACAGAAAAAAUUAAAUGAAACAAUAGAACAAAAAUCAAAAUUAUCGAACGAGAAAAACGCUUUAGAAAUCAGAAAAGGACACAUUAUUGUAGAAAAAGAAGAUCAGGAAAAGAAAUUGGAAGAAAAGGAAAAUGAGAUAAAUCAAAAUGAAGCUUGGAAGCAAUUUCUACGGAAUUUAAAUAGAGCAUUUCUUGAUGAGCAGAUUUACGAGAAAAGACAGCCAAUUUUCAAGAAGAUCUACUCGGUGCAAAAUUUAUCAGAAUUAUACAAUAUUUUACGAGCGGAUGAGGAUCUGAAAAAGAUUUUAUUUGAAAAUCUCAAGGAAAAAUAUGUUGACGAUUACGUAAAUAAUCCAGCUAAUUUAUUUCGUGAUGAAAUCUCUAACUUACAUAUUAAAUUAAAACAAUUAGCUAAGAGUUUCAUAGGUCCGUUAAAUGGUGACUUAGUUUCUGAACUUGGUAAAAAUAUCAAGGGAGAUUCGAUUCAAAUUAAAAAAUAUAGAAUCUCCACCGGUGGUAAUGUUUCCUAUCGAGAAGUUCAUCGAAAUGUAAAAGAUACGAUUGAAAGAGAGAUAAAAUGUCGAACGGGCUCCUUGUAUUUCGAUAAUGAAAUUUUACAAGUGUCAACAAAUGGAAUCAAUUCAUUCGAUGAUUUACCUCAAGAGAUACGAUCACUUGCUAAUGACAGAAUCAAAAUCAAAUAUCAACAGCAUGAGUGGAAUAAUAGAUUCAACAAAAAAUAUAACGAAGCUGUUAAUCAAUUCAAUGAACUAAAGAUUGAUUAUAGACAGUUUGUUUGUUGUUAUGUCGAUCAAAUUGAAAUUCUUUGCGGAGGCUCCUUUCUACUAGAUACGAGUGAAUACUAUCCAGGUAUUGAUUUGAUAGUUCGAACUAAACAAAUGAAAUGUGGAAAUAAAGGAGAAUCUGUUAAGUUAGUAACUACAGGAUCAAAUGCUCCAGAAUUUGAGUUUAAACAAGCAUCAGAUGGACGUAAGAAACGUGAUUAUAUCGAUGUCCCAGGGGGUCAUUCUGGAUACGAUGGCGAAUUCGGUCGACAUGGUCAGCAUGCAGGAAAUAUUUUUAUUAAAAUAGAUGGACCUAUAGAAGGUUUAGAUCUGUUAGAGUCUAUCGAGCUUUCAGGUGGUAAAGGUGGCGAUGGCCAGUUAGGUGGUAAUGGCGAUAAAGGGCGUAAAGGAAAAGAUGGAGAAAAUGGAACGGCAGAAGAUACGCGUGGGUUUGCAGGUGGGCAAACUACUUUUGGACUUGGCCAGGCAGGAACCAAGAGCGGAGAUGGAGGAAGUGCAGGUUUUUCAGGACGUGGUGGUCGAGGUGGGCAGCCAGGAAACUUAAGAAUUAAUGAUAGGCAGGGUGAUUUGUUCGAACGAAUUAGAGAUCGAGUUCAACGAAACGAAGGUUCAUCAGGUAAAGAUCCUGAUUUGUCAGGUGAUAAUGCAUCAAAAGGAGGAGAAGGUGGUGAUCCAACGAUAGUUGGUAUGGAUCAAGUCAAAAAUAAGAGAAGCGUUUUUCACAGAACAAAACCCGAAAAUGGUGAAAUUGAUAUUCCCUAUCUACUAGAGAAAAAUCCUAGAUUACGAGAAGAAGUAGAAAAAAAUAGCAAGUUUGGAAAUAGAGGUCUAUCCACAACUGCGACAGUUGCGUUCAUGCUGUUCGCUCCUGCCAUUCUUGCUCCCCUUCCAUUAUUGAUUAACCGUACUAUAGCCUAUAGAAUGAGUAAAAGUGAAGACGAAUAUAAACAAAAUCCAAGAAGAGAUAAAAAUACAAAAGGAAAAUCAAAAGAAAAUGAAACAAGUCGCUUUAGACAAGAAACUGAAAACGAAUCGCAAAGCAUUCAAAGAGAUUUCACUAAUACUUCGAACUUAGAUCGAUCUUUACUUGAGAAGUCGAACGAAUUUUCAGAAGCUAUCGGAAAUAAUUCACAUCAACAGAGAAUCGACCAACUCAACUUAGAAAAAAAACAAUUUGAAAAUAGUAUAGCAGAUUUUAAAUCACAAGAAGAACAAUUAAAAAGUGAUGUCGAAUCAAAAGAACAAACGAUAGCACAACUAGAAACGGAAAUAAAUCAAUACCAAAAUAGUUUAACUGAGUUAAGAACGACAAAUUUAGAAUUGAACAAACAAGAAACAUUAAACUUAACAAAGGAAGUUAAACUUAUGACCAACCAGCAAGAGUUACGAGAUAAAAGAAAUGCAGAAACAUUAAGUCAACAGAUUUCUAUGGCUAGUUUAGAAAAACAUUUGAAUUUGCAUGGUCAAUAUCAACAAGAGUAUAAUCAAAUGAAAGAAUCUUUAAAUAGAUACAAAGAGGCCAAAGAACUUCUUUUGAGAAAAAAGAAAGAAGAAGAAGCUCAUAUUGAGAAAGAAUUAGCGAGAUUAACUAAUAAUUUACGAGAGAAUAGGAAAAAGUUGAAUCAUUCCACGAAUGACAAACUUAAAUUAAUGAAAGAUGAAAUUAUUUUGAGUGAAGAUCUUUUACAAAAAACUCAAGAAGAAGUACAACAUGAGCAUGAACAUGAAAUCCAUUAUCAGUUAGAUCAAGACAUUGACAUUGACAUUCCAAAAAAUAGAAAACCUCUUUUGAAUCAAAUUGAAAGCCUUGCUUUUACACCAUUUGCUCGAAAAUUAACAAAUGAUGACCAAAACAGAGAGUAUUUUCAAUCGUUUCCAGAAUUCAAUAAACUACUUAAUAAUACAAGAGACGAUAAAGUCUUGGAAGAGAAGGCUUGUGUAUCCAUCACAGCCGAUAUAAAUAAAAUGACUCAAAAGGAAACAAAAAUCGAAGAAUUCAAUCCAUAUCCUAUCUUAAUGAAAUCAUUAGAGUUAACGGUAGAAGUAUUUAACAAAAUUUCUGACAUAGAAUUAAGCGACAUAGAAUUUGAUUUAAAUCAAAUCGAACGAUUUUAUCGAGGAAUUCAUUAUAGUUGUGAGAUUAACAUUAAUCAAAUUAAUGAAAAUAUUCGAAAAAUGCAGAUUGCUAAUGACGAUUUCAAUAAUUCCGAACUCAAUAAAGUUUUUUUAGAUUUUAUGAAACGAAUGCAGUUAAUAACUAUCGAAAAGUUUUUAGAUAAACGUAAUGAACAAACUAGAAACAAUUUAUUGACAAAUCUUAACUUAGUUUCAGAUUUUUUAAAUCGCAAAAGUGAAGAAUUACUAUUUUCUUAUUUGGAUAAAGAUUUCUUCAAUCAAUUAUCAGAUUUAAAAGAAAAUCUAGGUGAUUUCAAUAAUACUCUGUUGAUCAAUAUAGAAAAUGGAUUAAGAAAUAUAAAAGAAAGGCGAUUUUUUCAACAGAUUAAUAUUCUUGAUGAUGUUGAACAAGUUAUUGCAAUAUUUGAUCUGAGAAGAUUAUUUCGAUUAGAAUGUUCAAGUAUUGACUUCCAUCACUAUGAUUCAUCUUGGACUCCAUUGGAAUUAGAAAUGCUAGAAUUUAAUGAAGGACCAACCUUCGAGAAACUUAUUUUGUUAGUUACAAAUUUUCAGAAUACCUUAGCAAAAAAACAAGAUUAUUUUUAUGGACGAUCUUUAAAAAGUGAUAGGAAUUUUUUUGAAGUUAUUAUUCAUAAUUUUGAUCACUUUGCAAAGGAUACUAUAGAACUAGAGCUAUUGAAAAAGUUCGAAGGAGUUAUAGACUCGUUUUCUACACCAUUAACAUUCUUAGCCGAUAUGCGUAGAGAACUUUUGAAAAAAAUUCGAAAUAAAUUUCUUUUAAAUGAAUUAAUAAUAUCUUUAAGAGAGAAAGAUUAUUUACCGAAAAAUUGUCAGAAUAUCGUGAAUAAAUUGCUGUCGACAGAUGUACAUCUUGAUGAAAGUAAGAAACAAAUACUUGAAGAGAAAAUUAAUAAAAAUCAAGAGAAUAAUGCUGAACUUGUUUAUAACGAAUUAUUGAGUUUAAUUAAUCAUCCUGGAGAAGCGCAAGUCAAAAGUGAGCAGGUCGAUGAAGAAUUGAACGAAAGAAACGAAGACAUGAAAUUCAUAGAAGAAAUCAAGAGUUCUAUUAAAAACAAAUUUCAAAAUGAUCCUUUAGAAAAUACGUCAUUAUCUAGUAUAGAAAACCUUGUCGAAACUACUAUUUUACAAGUCUUUAGUGAACUUUAUGAUACUUAUGACGAUAAAUCAACACGUUCUAAAGGCAUAGAGAGUUAUAAACAACAAGUUCGAUUUAUUUUUAAUCGAGAUAAUGAAAAUCUUAAAAAAUGCCUUUUUAUGUUCCAAACAUUAUGCCAAGAAAGUUAUUUUUAUGAGAACUCUUCGAAUAUUUCUCAAACAACUGAUUCGUCACAAGUUAAUACUGUUCUUUUUGACUUAGAUUAUUCUUAUCACAGUUUACGUUAUGAAUUGGAAAAUAGUCGAAAACUAAAGAAAACUGCCGAAUACGUUAAGGAAUUAGAACGGAUUAAGUGCAGUUUAUUAAAAGAUACUGAAAAUCAUUGUCGGAAUAAUGUGAAACAAAUAUCGGACAGAUUAUAUAAAAACUUAAAGGACACUUUAUUUCGAUUGAAAGUAAAAAACAAAUUAACUGCAAAUAAUAUCAACACCCGAAUCAAUUUGUAUCUUCAAGAUAAUAAGCAAUCGAAAGAUGAAGGAUGGAGUCAAUGUGAGAAUAUUUUAAGUGAAAUACUAACGGAUAACUUCUCUCAUCUUACAAAAAAUGAUAAAUUAUUAGAAAAAUUUUUUGGAGAUAUUUAUGUAAAAAAUGAUGAACUAUUUCGUUGUCUCUUAAAUUCAUGUGGUUUUCAGAUUUUACCCAAUGCAUUUGAAAUAAUUCGAAGACUUCGAAAGAGUUUAUAUAAACACCAGUGUUCAAAUGAUUUUCAAGAAAUUCUUCUCAUAAAAUAUUUUCAAGUAUGCGAAUACAAUACUGCAUCUGUCAUAGGCUGUUUAAAUGAUUUAUCGGGAAAAUUAGACAAAUUAGAUGAUUUCGAGAAUGCUGUUUAUCGAGGUUUAUUAGUUUUAAACAGUGAUUUCAACAUAGACAUAAAUGAAGUCGAGUUCUAUUCUCGAUUAAAAGAACUUAUUAAUGAAGUUCAAUCACAUUAUGAAAGACAAUUACAAUUUGCAGAUCAACUUCAAACUCUACAACCUAAUGGAACAGAUAGUAAACAUAUAGACGAUGUCCGUCCGACAGAUACAGAUAUUGAAAACAUUAAAAAAAUUCGAUUUUCAUACAAACAUGAAGAGAAAUUGUUCGAUUGUUCUACUACGAAAAUGGACAAAGAUUGGUUAAUAUAUUUACGUUUCGCUCAUAACAGUAUUACUACUGAUGAAGUACUAGAUAAAAUGAAACGCCAUUAUAUUGAAGAAAUUGAAUCGUUCACAAAAAAGAGAGCUGAUGAGCAACUUGAAGAAUUUUUCAAAAAACAUGCUGCAAACGAAAAUGAUGAUAAACAAACAAAAUUUUUAAAUCUAUUGAAUAGUAGGAACGAUAAAUUACUUCCCGAGCUAUUUUAUCAUCUUAAAACUAGCAUCAGAUUUGAAUUUGAACAUGUACAGAAACUAAGUGACACAAUAAACCAAUUGAAUUCAUCGAAUCAAAACGGUCAAUUUGAUGAACUAAUCAUCCUUUUAGAAGAAUAUGAAACUAGUUUAUUUGUUAAUCUAAUCGAAUCAUUGUAUAAGCCCAUUUUCGAAAAGCAAAGUUCAUGCGAAUUGAAAUUAUCGAAUAGAAAAAAGAAUAUCAUGCAUCAAUAUGAACUUAAUUUGCAGUCGCAGAACAAACAAUAUCAUCAACUUCAAAAGAAAUUCAUUGAACUUAGUUUGGAAAAAUUUGAGAAAGUUUUCAAUGAAGAUAAGGACGAUCUUUUUUAUCAAAAUCGAAUAGAAAUAUUUGAUCGUUUAGCAAAAGAUAUCGAAAAUAAAAAUAACGAUGAAACAGAACAAAUUUUAGGUUCGCAGUUAAAUCAACGAGUUUUUGAAAAUUUAAAGGCAAAUACUCUUUUUGAAGGAAAUAUAAUCGAUUCGAAUCGUUCAGUAACAAUUCCAGAUAGGCGUCGAAUCAAACAAAAAAGCAUUUUUAAUAGAAAGAAACUUGAUUAUUUUUUCGAUGAGCGCGGAAGAUUUUCAUCUGAACUUGAUAAUGAAUUGAAGCGAUGUUCUGUAGAGGUUAAUGUAAAUAAUCAGAAACAGGUUUAUGAUUUUUCUUGGACUGAUGCAGACCAAUUCGAUGAAAUUUAUCCAAUGAUAAAUCAUUUGUAUGCAUCACAUCGAAUAGAAUUAUUUCGGAAAGCAAUUGAAAGUUUUCGAAAGAAAAUAACUCGAGAAAACCUUAUCGAAAUUAUUAAACAGUCAGCCUAUUUAUUUCGAUCCGAAGGAUUAAUCGCGUUGAAACCCGAGUCUCAAAUAAGUGUGAUUAUUAAGUUUAUAAAAGAUUUUCAUUCGAUUAUUGUCGAUGCGAUGUUUCCUGACCGAGAAGAUCAACUCAUCCUUUCAGAUUUUCUUGACGCAUUGAAUUUUUUUGAAACAUUCGAUAUUGAUUUAAGGAAAGAAAUAGACGAAUUGAGAGUAUGUCUCAAAUAUAAAAUUUAUAAGGAACACAAUUAUGUUUUAGUAGAAAGGGAAUAUGAAGAAUUUAUUGAAAAACGACAACAAAAUGCAUUUGGUAUUUCUUUCCAAUCAACUGUAACAAUAGUUGAGAAUAUUUUGUAUUUGAUGGAUUUAUUAGAAGAUUCGAAUAAACCCAGUUUUUUCGAAGGAUUAAAAAAAGACUUUCCCAAUAUAAAUUAUUCAGAAAAAGUGAGUAAAAAGGAUUUGGAGGAUAUCGAAAAAAUGUUAAAUAACAAAAAAGAUGAACGGCUGACACCUGUUGAAUCCAAUGAUGCUUCAGCUGAGCGAAUUGAUUUAGCACAAAUCCAUGAGAGCGUUCAUAUGAACCAUCAAUCCAUAGAAGUAAAUCGAAAAAACGUAAUUAUUUUGAUGAUCAGAUUAGAUGAAUAUUCCGAGAUAUUACAACGGGAGCAGAUUAAGAAUUUGUUCAAUUCACUCAUGAAAAUCAAUCAAAUUAGCGAGUAUUUAAGUGAUUUGAAAUAUUUAUUGACACAUUAUUAUAUCAUUAAAAUUAGAUCUGAGAUUGAACAGACGAAUCAUCACGUGGCUAAGGAAUUUGUUCUUUUAGUCGUAAGCUUAUCAUAUAAAUUAUUUCAGUGUUUAAAAAAUCGAAAAGGUUAUGAGAAAUUAUUAGAUUAUAUUGACGAAAUCUGGAAGAAUGUAGAGAAUAAGGACAAGUUAAAUGGUACACUAUAUAAAAUUAUCGAUGAGAAUUUUAAUGCUGAUCUUGAAAAGAUCAACGAAAGUAAUCUUCAUGAUGUUUUGCAUACUUUUGAUGUUUUACCAUUGGAUUAUUUAUAUCGAAAGAAAAGUUCGUUUAGCAAAUUAUUCGAAACAGUAGAAAGCUUCAAUAAUGAUGAUAACAAGGAGAAAUAUCUAACAAAUCUUAUCCGAUAUUGUUUUCUAUUUUGUUCGUUAGAUGAAAACGAACUUGAAAGUUCGAUUCGUUUUCAUUUGACCGAUGGAAAUCAAACUGAUAUACUGGUGAAAUGUUUAAAGGAGAUCAUUAAUAAUACAAUAGAUAUUCGUUUUUGUGAUAAGCAACCAAAUCCAAUCGUGAAUACGAAAGAAAUUCUUCUCGUUAAAGAUAAUGGAAAAUUUGAGGUUUUUUAUCCAAAGGACGAGCAGCGAUCCAGCAUUGUUGUCGAUGAUAAUUUCAACGUAGGUAUUCUUUCAUCUUUAUGUUUCGAUCGAAAUCAAGUUUCUCGUGAGACAUUUGAAAAGAAUUGUAAAUUAGUUUAUGAAAUGGUUCGGAUGAAAGGAGGAGAGAUUUCUGUGAAUUUUGAUAAGAAUCGAAUUAUUGAGCACAUUACAAGUUCUUCAAAUCAAAUAGAUGUACAAGUAUUCUGUAACUAUGAAGAAAAACGACAGCUUGAUUGGAUUUUAUCGUUUGCUAAAGAAAAUAAUCAAACACUUGAAUUAGAGAAAAUAUUUUCCAAACCUGUUUUAUCGUGGUUAGAAGAGUUAAAUGCAUUAAAAAUUGAAUUAGUCAAACGCAAAAUACUUGAACAAAUUUCAAUUGAUGACAAAAACGAAAUUGAAGAUCGAUUUCAUGAUAGUAUAAAAUUCUCUCAGUUUUUUGCUAAAGACUGCAUCAAUGAUUGGUUUGAGAUAAUCGUUAAGGUAAGUCGAAGUAAUCUAACGAAGAUUUCGUUAACUGAUCUCACAAAAAUCAUUUCCUCACUUUCGGAUAUUCGAGAUCUGUCCAUAGUGAAAAAGCUUCUCACAAAUACUGAAAGUCAUUCAUGGUUAUAUAAUAUUUUAUUUCUACGUAUUGAAUCGAAUUUAAAAAUAAUGUUACGAGGAAAUCUUGGCGAUGAUUUAGAAAAUAGGCUAAGUCAUUUGAAAGGAAAAUUAAAACUACCUAUGGACCCGAAGUGUUUCUUCUUGGAUGUAUUUGGUCAAUUGAUUUUAGAAUGCGAAGAUCAGGAAUCGAAGUUAUUAGAAAAUAAUUUUAAACGAUUUUUGAUCGAAUUCAUUGAUUUAAUUAUCGAGAGUCGUAUAGAUUUAGACGAACAAUUAUUGAAGAAAUUGUCUUUGAAACCGUUAUCUCUAUGGAAAUUACCGAUUGAAAAAAAGGUUUUUUUCAAAAAUCUCGAACAAAUUCAUAUAUUUCAACAUGCUUUUGAGAUUGAUCAAUCGACUGCCGUAGAUUAUUUAUAUAAAAUUCGUGAAGAGAAAGGAAACGAAAUCUUAGAAAAUUUAUUAGAUCUCAUAAAAAAGAUUCCAAACAAUGAAUGUACUCUAAAUAAGCUCAAUGAAUUGUUAGAAGAGUUAACUUUUGGUGGUUUUACUUUAGAUAAAGGUAGUCUAGAAGCGAUAAGAAAUAAACCGUUCGAUCAGUGGGAAGAUUGUUUGAAAACUUAUACUGAACAACAACAUUACGAGUUAAAUAUAGACCAAUUGAUUGAAGCAAUGAAGGAAAAAGUAGGUGAAGGGAAAAUAAAUGAGAGCAUUAAAAAUUUGUUAGAAGAGAAGAAAAUUAAUAAUCUAUUCGAGACAAUCUAUUCAUUUUGUGGUGAAAGAUUCAAUCAAGAGGAAAAUACAUUACAAAGUGAAAAAAAAUAUUCGUCAAUUUGUACACCUCUAUCUAAUAAAGUAAUUAAGGAUUGGACAAAAGCUGAUAUUCGACAAUGGGCUGACAUAUUACGAGAAGAAAAACGUUCUAGUAAAACAUACUUUGAUUUGAAUGAAAAAUAUCUACCAGAGAUUAUGGCUGUUAUUAUACGAGCAGUGAAAAUCUAUCACGGAUAUCAUCCAAGAAAUAUUCAAUUAAUCGCUUUAGCUAUAUUUUUACAGCCGACUGGUUCAGCAAAAGGUCGAUUAGGUAAUAUAUCUACUGGUGAAGGUAAAUCAUUGAUAACUGCUAUGUUAGCAGUUUCACGUGCAUUAAUCGGUGAUCGAGUUGAUAUUGUAACGAGUUCGAAAGUAUUAGCUGUACGAGAUGCGAGUGAUGAUCCCGAUGAAGGUUAUAAAAAGUUCUUUGCUUUAUUUGGUUUAAACGUCAGUAAUAAUUGUGAUGAUGAUUGUGAUAAUCCAAAGACAGGACAAGCACUAAGAAAAGAACGAUAUCAAGAGAACCAGAUCAUUUAUGGCGAGACAGGUUAUUUUCAACGAGAUAUUUUGCUGACGAAAUUUUUCGGUAAAGAUAUUAGAGAUCGAAUAGGUGAUAUCUUGAUUGUAGACGAAGUUGAUAAUAUGUUUAUUGAUAAUGCCGAAAAGAUUCUCUAUAUUUCCCAUAAUAUUGCUGACAUGAGGCAUUUACGAGAUUUAUUCAUUCAAAUUUGGGUAUCAGUUAAUAACAGAGUUGAACAAUUCUAUAGCGAAGAAAAUGUUGAAAAGAUCCAUAAGUAUAUCAAACUAAUGAUUAAAAAUAAAGAUUUACAAAUCCCAAGGACACUAACAAAAUUUAUUGAUAUCAAUUUAAAAACUUGGAUUACCAAUGCAUACACUGCGAAAUAUAUUGAAAGUAAUGAUAGUUAUAUAAUAGGUGACAUAGAAUCAACUAAACACGGCGAAAUUCUAAUUAUGGAUAAAGAUACCGGUGUUGAACAGAUGAAUACACGCUGGAGUAAUGGAUUACAUCAGUUUUUACAAUUGAAACAUUGUGGAAAAUUAAGUGACGAAAGUUUAAAAGCAGUUUUCAUAUCGAAUAUGAACUUUUUUAAACUCUAUGAUACUUUAAACGGAAUGAGUGGAACAGUCGGUGAUCAAGAAGAAAGAAAAUUAUUAACUCUUGAAUAUGGAACUGAUUGUUUUGAAUUGCCACGUUUUCGAAAAUAUCGAUUUCGAUACGAAAAGAGAAAAGAAUUUGUUGGUCGAAACGAAUCAGAAUGGUUUCAAAAGAUUGUAGAAGAUAUUAGAGACAAAAUGAAAUCUACACGUGAAAUAGACAUAGUAAAUAGUCAGCUAAAAGAUCUAAAUACAGAAUUAAAUGAUAAAAUACGGAAUUACAAUGUUUUGCUGGAGAAAAUAAAUAAACUGAAAACAGAGAAGAAGAGUUUAACAAAAGAAAUUCAAAAUUCAUCUGUAAGUGAUGAUGAAAAUAAAUCCGAAAAAUAUUACGAUAAACUACAGAAAUGUGAAAUAGAAAUGAAUCGGAAAAGAAAGGAGAUCGAUGAAAUUAACCAAGAUAUUAAUUCUUUAAAAGAAGUUAUUGUUUUUCAUCAGACGCAACAUAUGAAAUUAGAAAAAAAUAUUCGAGAUUUCAAUCAAAUAUUAUCAGACGAGAAAAGAGACAAUCGGCGUGCUGUUCUCAUUAUCUGUGAAAAGAUUGCCGAUUUAGAAAAGAUUGCUGCAAAAGUUCGACAAGAAUUUCAGCAAGCAAAUAUCUAUACCUAUGAUAGAGCUUAUCGAAAAUUUGAAAAAAAUAUCUUAACUCCAGGUGAUAUUAUUAUUGCAACAAAUAUUGCUGGACGAGGAACUGAUUUAGGUAUUGAUAAAGUGCUUGAGACAAACGGAGGAUUACAUGUUAUUCUAUCUUAUAUACCGGCCAAUUUGCGUGUUCACCAACAGGCAUUUGGCAGAACAGCCAGAGCCGGAAAACGAGGUACAGGAACUUAUAUUGUAUAUGAUUCACGUAAGAUGGUAUUUAUACCCGAUAUGACUGUUGAUUUUCUUUUGAAUGAACGAGACGAGAAAGAAAAAGAGCGAUUAGAUGAAAUUGUUAAAAAAUCCUUUCCAAAAAUUAAAAUAGAAAAUAUUCUAUUUGAAGAAUUUAAUUUGUUCAAAGACGAAAUCAAAUUGAAAAUACAAGAAAAUUUGCCGAAAACAGAAAAUCAUUUCUUUCCCGGCUCGGAAGUUUUGCGUGAAGUAACUGAGUCUAAACUGGUCCGACCUUUUCGCUGGGAUAAUCAUGAUAUCGAUUUCAAUAUGGGCUACUUCGAGUUACAAUUAAAUAGUUUACAGAAUCAUUGGGCUUUUUGGUUAAAUGAGAUGGAUGAAAAACUAAGUAAAGUAUAUGUAACUGGUUCGGAUUUGAUUUUAGAAAAAUUAACUGAAUUCAAAGAGAGAAUGUUACGAGAACUCGAUUUCAAUACUUAUGGUUUAAUAACUGAACCUGCUGAAUUAAUCAAAUUAAGUAAAUUACUUAUGGAUAAGAAAAAAUAUAGAGAAGCACAGGAUUGUUAUAGCCAAAUCAUUAAGGAUCAUCCAGAGUUUUCAGAAGUUGCUCAUUAUUAUAAUGCAUUUUGCAUUAUUCAUUUAGGUAGUGGAGAUAGAGACGCAAAAAUUAAAGCAAAAGUAAAUCUUAAAAAAGCUCUCAGCUUAUUAGAAUCCAAACGAAAUACUGUCAUGUCGCGUAAUCAAAUUUUACUCUCUCUAAAUCAUAUAACGCGCAGAAAAGGACAAGCAUUGAAUGUGAACUAUUUCAAGAAACAGAAUGAGGGCGAAGCACAAAUAUUGUCACAUCAUAUAAAUGCAAUUUUAGAAGCGAUUGGUAGUGAGAUAAACUCGGAUAGUUUUCGUUGUGGAACAAUAACAGGAGAUAAUCCAACUAAAAUCUACGAAGAAAUAUUAAAAGAUGAUUUUGAUCUUAUCAAAGAUACUCGAAUCAGUAAGAAAAUAAUUAUUGGAUCGAAAGUUUUAAUAGAAUCAACCGAUGAGAAAUGGAAACAAAUUCCAAAUGCGAAUAUGACAUCAUUUUCGCUAAAUAAAGACGAUUUGUUUACUUAUGAAAAAUUUUCAAAGUUAGGUUUCCCUGAAAUUCAAUACAGAACAUUCAGAAACGAACUUCAACAAUUAGGAAUUCUAUCUCCUCUUGAAUUGUAUCAAAAAAAUCGAGACUGUAUACUAUUUCCAAAUUCAUUCAAAUAUUGUCAAGAGGAAGUAUUGAAUGCUUUGGAAGAAGUUCUAAAUAAGUCUCAGAAACAUAAUUGGACUUUUAAGAAACGAAUUAUAAAAGAAAAUUUCUUUGAAACGAAAGUUUUUCACAAAGACUUAUUUUUGGCUGCCACUGAUGGUUUUGUUAGAAAAGAAGAAAUGAUUCGAAUCACUGAACAAAUCCGAGAUGAACUAGUUGGAAAAUUAGAUGAUCCUGUAUUUUGUGGAUUAGGCGAUGAUAUUAAACGUUUAUUAUUAGGAAAAACAGCAAUUUCGCUAAGUGAUGAAGAUAGAAUUAAUCGAAAUACCGUUUUUAAAAUCAUAUGUGAAAAAAUGGGAUUUAACAAUGCGGAAAAAGAGGUACUUGAUGCUUUAUUAAGUAGUGUAUUCGAAGAAAAAAUUCAGAUCGGUACACAAAUAUCCGAAACUCUAAAACAGAAUAUAGAAAAAACAAUUUUAGUGCAAAAAACAUUACAACUUCAGGAGGUAAUACACAAUUCAUUAUCUGGUAAUGAUAAGUUGUUUCCUUUAAGCAUAGGAGAUAUCAUUAAGAAAACUACUUUCAUCAAUACAAUCAAAUCAUUUCCACAUGGUUCGGAAAUUACUGAUGAACAAAUAUUGAAUAUAUUAAAAUAUUUAGAAUUUAAUGAGAAACUCCGAAUAAACGAAAAUCUAAAUGAAAAAUUUGAUGAUAGUACUAAUGAUAAAGUUUUUUGUGGCAAAAGAAAAAAAAUUAAGAAAUUUUUCCUAGAAAAAGAAUCUUACACACUGACAUCAGGAGAAACAGUAUGUUUAGAAUCAAACAAAAAUCCCGUUUCAAAAUGUCAGUUGACUGAAGUUAUGAAAGAACUUGGAAUAAAAGAUGAUGAGAAAAUUAACGACAUUUUUACACAUCUCGCUCUUGAAUUUCAUUCUGUUAAAUUCAUUCAUUCAUACACUGAAUUUUAUCUUGACAAUAGAGCUAUAGAGCCAAUUAAAAACUAUUUAUCCAAAAUUUCACUUCUAUUAACAGAUCAAAAUCGAGAAGAAAUCAAAUCAAAAAUAGAUUCGUUGACGUUUGUCCAAAUCGGUUCACUACAUAAUAAAAGUAAACUCAUUAAAAAAACUCUAUUGAAAGCAAUCGAAUAUAAUGACUCUGAUUUGACUAAAGAAAAGUUUGGUCUUAGUAAAGAAGAGUUUGAACUGCUUCGAGCCGUUCUACAAGAUAAUGAUAUCUUUGAAUCAACGCUUUAUGAGCUACUUUCGAAAUCUUAUGGUAAAAGUUCUUUUGAUACUUAUAAAGCAUUUUAUGCAAAUUUGGAAAAUAUCUUAAUUACGUUAUAUGAUAAUAACGGCCGAAUUUCAGAAGAAAAUCUAGCAUUACGUACGGCAAACGAUGUCAGCAAAGAACUUUUCUAUCGUUUGAGAGAAUCUAAUGUAAUCAAAGGUGCUAAGGUAUAUUUUAAAUUUACUGGCGAUCCUGAAAAAAGAAUAGAAGAUAUUCGAAAACAAAUUGAAGAUGUAGUUGCAAAAGUAUUUAAGUUAAAACGAAAAGAUGAUUUAUCGUAUGAUAAUGCCAAUUGGACAGGUUUCGGUGAUUUUGUAACAUCAAAAAACAAAGAACUUGAUGAAUAUAUUGAUAGUAUCAGUAAUAUUUUGAAACAAUGCGCAGGUGUAUUUCGAACUUUGCCGAAAGUUAAGAUUAGUGAGAAAAAUCUUAAGACAAUGUUUCAAACAGGACAGAUACCCCCGGAGAUUAUGGAUUAUGUUGCGACGUGCUUUGAUUCAGUUUUGUCACUGACGGAAGCUAAGAGUUUUUGGAACUGGGAUGCAUUUUGUUGUGCAAUGCUGGGAGUAGCACAAAUUGUAGCUGGUGUUGCUUUAGAUGUCUGUACGUGUGGUGCUGCACAUUAUUUUGCUCAAGUUUUGAUUUCAGAAGGUAUUGGAGAUAUUAUUUUUGCCAUUCAAUCUGGUAUUCAAGGAAACUUCAGUUGGAAAGCUUAUUGUCAACAUAAGGUUCAAAGUUUAAUCAUUUCUUUAUUGACGGCAGGAGUUGGCAGCUAUUUAAGUAAAGGCGCACAAGCAGGAAAGGCAACCAUCGCAUUAGCAACAAAGGCAGCGAUAUUAAAAGCCAUAGCAAAAGAAACUAUGACUCAUUUAAUCACCGGUGUUGCAUCAGCCAUAGUUAGUAUCUCGACAGAUGAAUUAAGUCAAUUCCUAAUGAAAGAAUUACUCGAUAAACAUUUCGAGAAAAUUUUGGAUGGAUGGAUUGCAAAUGAUGCAAUCUAUAAAUCUAAAAGGAUGAUCUUAAAUGAACGAUUUGAAAGUAUUUAUAAGAAAUUCGGUGCCGAGGAUGCGAAGAAUAUUAUUAAUAAGUGUAUUCACACGACUUUAUUAGAUCUCCAACAAGGAGAUCUUGCAAACACGAUAUUUAAUAAAGUAACGCAAGUAGCUCAUGGGAUCUCGGGAGCGCUUUCAAAUACAGCACGUAUACUGCAGAAAAACAAAGGUAAAGCAGCACUAUUGGGUUCAAUUGCAAAAGUAAUUGAUAAAUCGAUCACUGGAUUAAGAUUGUCGAAAAAUUUAGGAGAUUUGUGUUUUAUAUGUCAACGCUUUUGUGAAAUUUUGGAUAAAAAAUUAUUAGACAGUUUCAAUAGAGAAUCAGCGAAAUCAAAAGCGAAAUCAAAUAGUGAAACGAUAAAAGAAAAUGCAAAUAUAUCAAUAUCAGCGAAAUCAAAUAGUGAAACGAUAAAAGAAAAUGCAAAUAUAUCAAUAUCAGCUAAUAUUUCAGAACAUAUUAAGUCUAUGGAAGAUCAAAUGAAAACAGCUGUUAAAGAAAAAGUCAAUCAUGACUUUUUAAAACCUGGAAUACAAUUCAUAUUGAAUAAUGCUAUGAGACCGGUAACAGAAUUCCUUACGUCCCCUUUUGCUAAUGCAAGAGGAGAACUCGAAGAACACAUAGGUAAAAGAGCUGAUGAAUUUAUAGCUUUAAUCGAAGAGAAGGAACAGAAAUCAUUGAAAAAGCUGAACUCAAGAAAGAUUCGUGCUUUAGAACAGUUAGGGCAUCUAAUCAAUGUAAAAGAUAUCGACUUCGAAGAUUUAGAAAUCACCGUGUCGAAUUUAAACGGCGAAUCUAUCAGAGAGCUGAAGACGCAAUACGGUGAUAAUGUAAGAAUUGUUAUAAAAAAUGGGAAAGUAUUCGCACUCAUUCCUACGUAUAAAGAAUAUAUAGAUAAUAUAGAAAGUGGAGUAUUUGCAGGCGCUAUGCACUUCAAAUUAGCAGCAGAAACAUUUCAAGUGUCCAUAGAAACGCUCGAUCCAGAAAACGGUUUUGAAUUGCAUAAGGACGCACCAUAUGAAGGAAUUGUUCGUCCUUCUAAACAUAGUAAUGACAAAUCAAUAAAAGUAGCUUAUAUAAAAUCUAAAGAAAAGGGUCAAAUUGAUCAUUUUGCGCCAGUGAUAGAAGUAAAUGGUGAAUAUAAAAUUGUAGAAUUAAAACAAAAUGUCGAUACGAAUGACCAAUGUUUUGCACAAACUAUGUUAUUUAUACAACAAUAUGAAAAAGGCAAUAUAAAAAAUAUUGAUUUUGAUAAAGCGUAUGACUUUCCUAUAAGUGCAGAGAAAAUCAAUGAGUUCAAUAAAAGAUUAGCUCAACAGGGAAGAAGUAGUCAUUCAAUGCGGCAAGUUUAUGAGCAGGGUCUUACUGUGAAAUAUUCUGGAUUUCUAGGAGGAAGGUUACCAAGAUCUCGUAGUAGCGACCUUAGAGAACAACGCAGAACAUCACCUAGAUAUCGUGAAAGGCAUUUGGGGUCAGAAGGUGAAUCCAGUAGCGAAAAUCCAUUUGUUGGUUAUAGGGCAUUACGUCCAGAUGAAGAUCCUCUCAACGACGGAGUACGUCCUCCAGAAGGUUAUGAUCCUAAUAUAUCGGCAAGUGAUCAUGUUUCUAAAGGUAGUACAGCUAAAACGAAAAGUGCAUUUGUUUCUGCAUCGAGAAGUAUCAAAGUAGCAGCAGCAUGGGCCAGUGAAAGUGGAGGAAUAGUAGCAGAGAUCGAUAUACCAAAUGAGGAACAUUUGCCCUACGAAAAUAGAUCAGUAUUUGAUUUAACUGAUCCAAAUACGGCAGAGUAUAUUUUCGGCAAACAGAAUAUAAGAAGUCAGAAUUAUGCAAAAGCUUCUCAAGAAAUACUUAUAAAAAAUGGUGUCAGUGCUGAUAAAAUUCGUAAACUUUACGAGGUACGAAAAGGAACCCGAAAAGAGUACAAUUCUUUGAAAGAACAAAGUCCUGAUGGUACGAAGAUUUUCAUUACAAGAAGAAAAGCAAAGGAAUCUCCAUCACCUAGAAUAUUAAGAAAAAAAUACCAUCGAGCAGAUAAACAGAAUUGA